AUGACAUAUAAAUGUGGAGGAAGUAUCCGGAUCUCCACGGCCAGCUACCUCACAUCCCCCGGGUACCCCAUGUCAUACCCCCCAUCCCAGAGGUGCUCCUGGGUGAUCUCUGCUCCGGGGGCGCACCAGCGGAUCCUCAUCAACUUCAACCCGCAUUUUGACCUGGAGGACCGGGAGUGCAAGUAUGACUAUGUGGAGGUGCGAGAUGGCGUGGAUGAGAGUGGUCAGCUGGUAGGGAAGUACUGUGGGAAAAUCGCCCCCUCUCCGGUUGUCUCCUCUGGUAAUCAGCUGUUCAUCAAGUUCGUGUCAGAUUAUGAGACCCACGGAGCAGGUUUCUCCAUCCGAUAUGAGAUCUAUAAAACAGGUCCUGAGUGUUCCAGGAACUAUACUUCCAACAUUGGCGUCAUAAAGUCACCCGGGUUCCCAGAAAAGUAUCCCAACAAUUUGGACUGCACAUUUAUGAUCUUUGCCCCAAAGAUGUCAGAAAUCAUUUUGGAGUUUGAAAGCUUUGAGCUGGAGCCAGAUACAACACCCCCGACUGGUGUAUUCUGCCGCUACGACCGGCUCGAGAUCUGGGAUGGAUUCCCUGGAGUGGGGUCUUACGUUGGAAGAUACUGCGGGCAGAACACUCCGGGCAGGAUCAUCUCCUAUACGGGCAUUUUGGCACUGACAAUCAACACAGACAGCGCCAUCGCCAAAGAAGGCUUUUCAGCAAACUUCACUGUCAUAGAAAGAACUGUUCCAGAGGGUGGACCUUGGUUUUUUGCGGUUCGUCUCAGCCAUCGGUACCCAGGGUGCCAUUUCCCAGGAGACGCACAGGAUUUACUUUGUCAAGUCCUACAAAGUAGACGUCAGCUCAAACGGAGAGGACUGGAUCACUUUAAAGGAAGGCUCCAAACAAAAGAUUUUUCAAGGUAACACCAACCCAACAGAGGUUGCCAAGACAAUGCUGCCUAAACCCACACUGACACGUUUCUUACGAAUCCGGCCAGUUACCUGGGAGACAGGCAUUGCACUGCGGUUUGAGGUUUAUGGCUGCAAGAUAUCAGAGUACCCAUGCUCAGGCAUGCUGGGCAUGGUGUCAGGCAUGAUCACAGACAACCAGAUCACCGCAUCCUCCCAUACAGAUCGUAACUGGGUACCAGAGAAUGCUCGCUUGCUUACCAGCAGAACAGGAUGGACCCUGCUACCUCAGCCACAGCCCUUCGCAAAUGAAUGGCUGCAGGUGGACCUUGGUGAGGAGAAGUUGGUGAGGGGGUUGAUCAUCCAGGGUGGGAAAUAUCGGGAGAACAAAGUCUUCAUGAAGAAGUUUCAUCUCAGCUACAGCAAUAACGACUCUGACUGGAGGAUGGUGUAUGAUGCUAAUGGGAACAAGCCAAAGAUAUUUGAAGGUAACAGCAAUUAUGACACUCCUGAACUAAGGACAUUGGAGCCCCUGCUGACUCGUUUCAUCAGAAUUUAUCCAGAGAGGGCCACUCCAGCUGGGAUGGGUUUGCGACUUGAACUCUUGGGCUGUGAGAUUGAAGCUUCUACACUCCCUCCAACACCACUGGUCCCAAGCACUUCCCCAUCAGAUGAGUGUGAUGACGACCAGACAAGCUGCCACAGUGGCACAGGUGGAACCUUGACUCCAGAGACAUCUACUGUUGAAGUGGACACCAGCCCAGCUUUUCUGUGGUUUGCCUGUGACUUUGGCUGGGCCAAUGACCCGUCCUUCUGCAGCUGGACGUCAGAGGACACUAGCUCGAGGUGGCAGAUCCAGUCUAGUGGAACCCCAACUCUCAACACUGGUCCCAACAUGGACCACACAGGUGGAUCAGGGAAUUUCAUCUACACAUUAGCUACUGGUCUCCAAGGGACUGAAGUGGCUCGGCUUGUGAGUCCUAUCGUCAGCUCUCAGGGUUCUGACCUGUGUGUGUCUUUUUGGUACCACAUGUUUGGGUCACACAUUGGCAUGCUGCAUGUAAAACAGCGCAAACAAACAGAGAAAGGACCUGUUGACAUCCUCCUGUGGACAGUCAGUGGUCACCAAGGCAAUCGCUGGAGAGAAGGUCGUGUCCUUGUGCCACGUACCAACAAACCCUAUCAGGUCGUGAUUGAGGGACUUGUAGAAAGAAAGAGCUGGGGAGACAUAGCUGUGGAUGACAUUAAAGUUCUCGAUGGUCUCAGCAUAUCAGACUGUGAAGAUCCUGAUGUGCCCACUGAGCCGAUGCUGCCAGAGGACAGACUGAACGAAAUCUUUGAGGAAAUUACUGAAUAUCCUGACUUUGUGGAGACCAACCAGAUCAGUGGAGCAGGCAACAUGCUGAAGACACUCGAUCCCAUCCUUAUUACCAUCAUUGCCAUGUCUGCUCUGGGAGUUUUCCUGGGGGCCAUCUGCGGUGUGGUUUUGUACUGUGCUUGUUCACAUGGAGGCAUGUCGGAGAGGAACUUAUCAGCUUUGGAGAACUACAACUUUGAAUUAGUGGAUGGUGUCAAACUAAAGAAAGACAAACUCAAUGUACAGAGCUCAUACUCUGAGGCAUGAGAUGAGUCGGACUACAUUUGUGUGACUGUGUGACGAGUGGAGCACACACAAAAAAUUGUCAUGAGACAUAUCCUCUCGUUAAUAUGCGAGUAGACAGGACUGCCAAAACCCUCAACUCACUGAACGAGGGUCAGGUUCAGGAACCAUGGGAGGUUUGGACUGAUUCAUGCUUUUCUCAGGAGCUGCAGUAACAAAACCUACCAGUAGGGGACACUGUGUACAAAGAAAAUACAGGAAAAACUGUACAGAUGAUUUAGAUAAUGCUAUAAUUUUGUGUUUUGAUUUUCAUUCAAUUUUACAAUCAGAUGCUGGUGUUGAGACCAAUUUAUUAAUAUUGUUUUUAAAGUAUUUAUCAUUUUUUGAGGGAAAGAAAAGGCUUUUCUUGUAUCACUUUGUGAAGGCUUUUACUUUUUCUUUUUCUUUUGAGAAAGAGAUGUAUCAAAAUCCUUAAAGAACCAUAUCCGGCAAAUGUGUAUAUUUUCCCCAUGAUGUGGCAUAUAGAGUUUAUUCUUAACCCUUUUCCCUCUACUGGACCACUAUCACUCUAAA